UCCCGGGAAAACAAGCCCAGCCCGCGCGGAUGGAGCGGGAGCGGGGCCGCUCGCGGCUGCCCUCGCUGCUCCUGGCGCUGCUGGGGCUCGGCCCAGGGCUCUUGCAGGAGGCGCGUUUUGAGGCAGAAAAUGAGGUUUUGGAGAUUGUGGCUGGGAAUUCCACCCAGUCUCUCCUGGAGCGUUGUUCUGAGCUGCUCUUCGGGCAGUCCCGUGCCCCGCCCCGGCAGGUCCACGGCGUGCUCGGCGGUUCGGUGCUGCUGUCGCCGGCGCUGCUGCCCAACCAGACGGUGAAGGAGAUCGAGUGGAGCUUCUCGGGCGGCACCGGCGCCACCAUCCAGGUGGCCGAGGUGGGCCCGGGCGGCUUCGAGCGGCCGGACCCGCGGGACCGCUUCGGCCGGCGCCUGGAGCGGGCCGACGGCACGGCGCUGCGGCUGCGGCAGCUCCAGCGCGGCGACAGCGGCGUCUUCGCCGCCAGGAUCAAACUGCAGCCAGCGCUGGUGGAGGACCAGGCCUUCAACCUGACCGUCUACGAGGCCGUGCCCAGCCCGCGGACCCGCAGCCAGCUGCUGGCCAGCACGCUCGAGUGGUGCAACCUGACCCUGCAGUGCCAGGGCAGCGGGCGCGGCGCCGUCAAUGUCACCUGGCGGCGCGACAGCCUCACCUGGGGCGAGCUGGGCCCCGGGCGCCACCAGCUGUCCCCGGACGGCACCACCCUGCGCGUGGCGCUGCCACCCGCCGCCACCAAUGUCACCUACGCCUGCACCGUCAGCAACCCCGCCGACCACAAGGUCGCCCUGUUCGACCUGCAGAGCCUGUGCCAGGGCGGAGGGGGACACUCGGCCUUCUCCACCUCGGGCUACGUGGUGCUGUCGCUCAUCCUGGUGGCCGUGAGCCUGGGCGGCGCCUUCUGGUGCUGGAGGGUCAACAGCGAGAAGGCGGCGGAGGCAGCCGCCACGCCCACGGCGCCGCCCGAGGAGAGCCCCGGGGAGCCCCAGUACAGCGACAUCGUCUGCAGGAGCCCCCCCGAGGGCAACGACCAGCGAGGGGGGACCCCAAAUGUCGCCCCGCAGGGCCCCAGCCCCCCCGAGGCCCCCCAGGAGCCCAGCGAACCCCAAAAAGUCGAGCCUGAGGCCCCAAAAUCCCCCCCGGGGGGCGGCGAGCAGAAAGGCCCCGAGGACACGGCCGAGGAGGUGACAUAGGGCCACAGGGCCCCGGGACCCCCUGGAAGGGCUGUGCCGCGUGCCAAGCCCCGACCCCAAACCCAGCGCGGGAGCCCCGACCCCACGGCCCGACGGAUUUCCCCUUUUCUGCCCCAAAACCCUCGGCUCUGCCCCCGAACCCCUGCCCGGCACCGCGCUGGGGAGGGGGAUCCCCGUCAGGGGGGGGUUUGGGGGUCCCUGGGGGGUUUGGGGGUCCCUGGGUGCUCCCCGCAUGUUUUGGGGUGGGAUGAUCCCCUCGGCCCCGCAACUGGACGGAUUUCCCCUUUUCUGACCCCAAAACCCUCGGGUUUGUCCCCAGUUCCCUGCCUGGGACUGUUUUGGGGAGGGGGGAUCCCCAUCAGAGGCAGCAGGGAGGGGAUUUGGGGGGUCCCUGGGGGUUUUGGGGUGGGAGGAUCCCCCUGACCCUACAAAGAAACUGAUUUCCUCUUUUCUGCCCCAAAAUCCUUGGGUUUGACCCCAAUUCCCUGCCUGGGACUGUUCUGGGGAGGGGGCUCCUGAUCAGGGGUGAUGAAACCAGAAUUUGGGGGUCCCUGAGGCUUCCCAGGGGGGUUUUGGGGUGGGAGGAUCCCCCUGACCCCACAAAGGGACGGAUUUCCCCUUUUCUGCCCCAAAAUCCUCGGGUUUGUCCCCAAUUCCCCUGCCUGGGACUGUUCUGGGGAGGGGGCUCCAAGGCGGAGGUUUUGGG